AUGAACCGCAAGCGUGGCGACAGUGGUGACACGCACUACAAAAUGUGCAAGAAGAUUGCCCAACUCACAAAGGUUAUCUACCAACUGAACACUCAGAAUGAGGACUACGACGCGAGGAAUUCUGAGAUGCGCCGAAAACACGAAGAGGAGUUGUGUACGGUCCGUAGGGAGGCAGAAGGGCAUGUGAAUGAGGUGCGGAAGGCAUUUCUUGAGGAUGAGGAGAAACGGAACAGCGCGAUUGAGGCAAUGCAGCAAGAGUACAAGAGGGAACUUAUGGGGGCAAAAGAUGCAUUCGCACAAAAUAUUUCCUCCAUGGUGAACGAACUUUCUGCUAGCAAGGCGCGCUUUGAGGAGGUGGUAGCCGAGGUGAAGACGAAAGCGAAGGAGGAGGCGGCCAAGAUAACUGCGGCGAGGGUCACGGAAGCGGAGUCGAUGUACGCGGCAAAGGGUGAGGAACUGGAGAGGCUGAAGGCGAUGAAGGAAGAGGAAAUUGCAAACCUGGUACGGGAAUAUAACGAGCGAUAUAAGACAAUGUUAGCGGAGCAAAUGGAUGCUAGAGACGCCUUGGAAGAAAAAGCUUGCCAGCUGCAGUUGCAGCUCGAUGCUGCCGCCACGGCCCACACAGAUGAACUACAACUGUGGUCGAAAAAAUUACAUGAUGCUAACGAGGCUGUUGCACGUACGUCAGCCGAAUUGGAGCAGUGGAAGGAAACCUGUAGUUCUCUUGAGGCGGAAGUAAACCGGCUGCAGCGGGACUGUGACAAUCAGCGUAGCCGUCUUGAUGCAGAGAACAACUCCCUUGCUCUCUCGCGUGCUGUCGAGGCUACUCUGCGACAGGAGGCGGAAGAGUUGCAGGUUCAUUUAAAGGAAAUGCAAGAUGAACGUAACAAACUGGAGCGGUCGCUGAACGAGAAGACAACUGCGCUCGCCAGAGCCUUGUCGGACGUAACGGACUUAGAAAAUCAAAAGAGUUUUUUGGAAACACAACAAGAUCAACUGUCGCACAACGCCAGUGAUGCUGGGAAAAAGAACCAGGUGUUGAUGGCUCAUGUGGAUUCACUUGAGCGUCGCGUGCUGGAACUGCAGGAGGCGGUGAUGGAGGCAGAGCAAGAAAUCCAGCGACGCAGCCUGGCGGAACUCUCCCUGGAAGAGCGCUGCGAAGUGCUACGACAACAUGCUGCUGAACUCGCCAAGAAACAUCAGGAAGAACUCGCGGCGCUUCAAGCAACGCACGAGGCGGUUCUUGCCGAACUUCACACAACGUCACAGAAGUCAAGCGAUGUGUUUGCGACCCAGUACUUGCAUGAAAGGGAGGAGUUGAUAAGUUCUCACGUGGAGGAGUUGCGACGGCAGCAGGCGCAGCAUAAUAAGAGGAUAGAAGAGUUGACGGGUGAGCAUGAAAAGAUUCUCUCGGGCCUUUAUGUUCAGCUGGCAGGCGCUGAAAACAUCGGUAAGGAUCUGCGUGCAACCGUGACACAGCUGCGGGAACAGGUCGUCAGACUUGAGCAAGAGUUGGAUACCGCACGGAAUGCACUGCAAAAGGCUGCUGGGCAACAAAACGACUUGAUGGGGAAAUAUGAGGCAAAUAUUUCUGACACUGCGCAGAAAAUCUCGGAGAUGGAGGCGGUAAUGAGCGCCAAGCUGGAUGCUGAGCGCGAGGCACACAUGGAAAAGACGCGUUUGCUUGAGGCGGAGAUUGCAUCGCUUCGCAGACAGCUUCAGCUCGGUACAGAGGAGAUGAAGCGAAACUUGGAAGAUAAAUGCAGGACACAGGCGGAGCAGUAUAAGCGCCUUAUGGAGCAACUUCGUCAGGAACAUAUCGACAAACUGAAGCAACACACCGAGUUGCACGAUGCAAAUAUUGCAAAAAUAGACGCCCUACACAAGGAGGAGAUUCGCAGUCUCUUGGAGGCAGCCAAUAAAAGGCAAGAGACAGAAUUCAUGGAACUCCAAAAGGCGCGGACGGAGUUUGCCAAACACUUGCAGGGGCGUGAUGAGGAAUUGCGACGACGGGAUGAGGAGCUGCGGCAGGCGCGUGAGCAAAUGGAGGCUGUGCGGCAUGGUGCGAAGGAGCAGGCAAAUCGUUUUUCUGACGAGCUAUUGGCGAAGAAGAACCACAUUUCGGAGCUCACUGCCGAUUGUGGGCGACUGCAAGAAGAGCUCGAAAAGUGUAAUAAGGCGCUUCGGUUCUCACGUGAGGGAUAUGCCAGGAUGGAGAAGGAGGUGCGGGUGUGGGAGGGUCGGGAGCGUGAUGUUCGUCAGGCACUGGAGCGCCUGGAGGAGGCAUCCGAUCGAUCUAGAAGGGAGGUGGAGGCGCUGCACAAAGACUAUGUCGCUAGUAUGGAGGCGAAGAAUGCACAGAAGACGCAGGCCGCCUUGGCCGAGCUCCGAAACGCCUUGACGGCGGAACGUAAUGCGAUGCAACUGCGUGCAGAUGAGGCGAUUGCAGCCCUGCGGCAAAAGUGUGCCGACCUGCAGGAUGAGGUGAAGAGUUUGAACCUGAAGCUAGACGCAGCAAUGCACGAUCUUCGGAAGUCCAAGGAGGAACUUGCACGCGAGCAAAGCAGCAGGGUAGUGGAUCGUAGUGAGUUUAGUGCCACUUUGGAGGCGAAGCGAUGCGAGUUUGAAAAUGAGCAGGAGCGGGAGCGGCGUCUCACCGAGAAUCAUUUGAACAAUGUAGCGGCUGCGCACAAACAGAUUGUUGAUGACUUGAUGCGGCAACACGAGGAAGAACGAAGGGCACAAGGCGAUGCUAUACGGGAACUGCAGGCGGCGCUUGAUGAUCUGCGGUACCGCUACGAGUACCGUGAGUCAAGAGAAGAGGAUGUGGCGAUGAUCAACCGUCUCAUGAAGGAGGUAAAGCAGAAGGAGUGGGCCCUGGAAAAUGCGGUGCGUGAUAUGAAAAUGUAUAGACUAGAGCUUCUCAAUCGUGAGGAGAAUUAUAACAAGGUCUUUGGACGAAGGCCGCUCGUCGCUGUAAGCGCUUCAGCGGAUAAGGCACUGCGGCUGCGACAGGGCGUGCAGGAACGUGGAGAUGUCUACGAAAGGGGAUCGAUGUAG